AUGAGGACACAUGAUGUGUUUGUGAGCUUCCGUGGGAAGACACUCGCAACAACUUCACUGGUUUUCUCUUUGAAACUGUUAGUAGAAAGGGCAUUGAUGCCUUCAAAGAUCAUACACAUCUCAAAGAAAGGGGAAACCAUAGCACCCGAACUGUUGCAAGCAAUUAAAGGGUCUCAUAUUUUCGUUGUGGUCUUCUCAAAGAACUAUGCUUCCUCCACACGGUGCUUGCGUGAACUUGCGCACAUCUGCAAUUGCAUUGAAACACCAGAAAGACGCGUUCUACCUAUUUUUUAUGAUGUUGUUGGAUCCGUGAGAUGUGCGAAAACAAAAAAAGAUAAUGAGAUGAUGGAGGGGAUUCAGAGAUGGAGAGAAGCUCUUACACGCGUGGCCAAUCACUCUGGCUGGGAUAUCCGAAACAAGUACGUGAUCCCCUCAGGUUUCACC